AUGCCAAAACAAAUCGUUGCUGCUCUUCAAAUCGGCUCUUGUCCGGGCUCUACUAAGGACACUUUGAAGAAAAUUAUGUCUUAUGAGAAGGAAAUAAAAGACUCUGGUGCCGAGCUGGUUGUCAUUCCAGAAGCUACCCUUGGUGGUUAUCCCAAAGGAUCAAAUUUUGGAGUAUAUCUAGGCUACCGUUUGCAAGAAGGAAGAGAAGAGUUUGCUAGGUAUCUUGCGGAGGCAAUCGAAAUAGGGUCUGGUGAUCAAUAUCCAGAAAUAAGCCAAUUAUGUGCAUUAUCAAAGGCCACUAACGCUUCGCUAUGUGUUGGAUGUAUUGAGCGUGAUGGGACAACGUUGUACUGUACUAUGGUAUUCAUUGAUCCUAGGGCUGGUUACGUUGCGAAACAUCGUAAGUUGGUUCCAACAGCUGGUGAAAGAUUAAUCUGGGGCCAAGGUGACGGUUCAACUUUACCAGUUGUGGACACUGCUGUCGGAAAGAUAGGUGGUGCUAUAUGCUGGGAAAAUAUGAUGCCGUUAUUGAGGUACGCUAUGUAUGCAAAAGGUGUUGAAAUUUGGUGUGCGCCCACUGUGGAUGCUAGACCCAUUUGGAGAACUGUGAUGCAAAACAUCGCUUAUGAAGGUCGCUUGUUUCUGGUAAGUGCAGUACAGUUCAUGCCUGACGCGACCACCAUGGGAUACGGAGAAAUAGUCGACGAAGCUACUGGUAAGAGGAAACUGCCUGGGUGGUCAUCAACUGAUGAGAACUGCAUCAAUGGAGGUAGCGUUAUCAUUGAUCCCUACGGAGAAAUUAUUGCAGGCCCAUUGCUAGGCAAAGAGGGCCUUUUAGCCGCUGAAAUUAACACAGACUUGAUCGCCGAAGCCCGUUUCGAUCUAGACCCAGUGGGUCACUACGCCAGAGGAGACGUCUUCCAGUUAAGCGUUGAUGAAAGAUCCCAGGACGUUAAGUUUACCAAAUAA